AUGAGUUUCCCAGGCAAGAUCACUCAAAGGUCCGUGGCCGCUUGCGGAGGCGAGGUGCAGCGAGCGGAUGGCAAGGAGCGAAACCUGGGGCUCGUUGUUAUCACGGGGUCACCGGACUUUGGGAACAAGACAAGUCAAUGGACGGAUCCCCACGAAUCUUGGCCUCUCCUCUGGGGUUUCCAGGGCGAGAGUCACUAG